UUCCAAACAUAUGCCUUAUUUAUUCCAUGCAGUGGUUAUUUGAGACCAUGCAGUGGUUAUUUGAGACCAUGCAACAGACAUAUGCCCCAUUCAUUCCAGACGGUGAUUAUUCAAGGCCAUGCAACAAAGAGUGUCUCCGCUUAGUCGACUGCACAUUCGAAUCCCACCUGCACUUAUUCCUCUACGAAAGUCGAGAAGCUAUCGCAUAUUUACUGCAGUGCGUUGAAGACGAAGCUAUUUGAGUCGCAAUCCAUAGCAAUUCGUGAUUCGAAAGAGACCCUGCUGCAGAGCAUCUGACUUGAGGGAACUGUUUUUCCGAAAGGCCUCUUUCAAAGCAUUCUAACGUUUCCACUUCCAUAGAAUACGGCAGCUCGGAAGUAUUGAGGUCGGAAGGAUGCAGCAAUAACACGGCAUCUCCGAGAACUGAAGAUUGCGCUUACAAAACCAGCUCACUUUCAAGCAACUUGGUUCUUGCCUGCGAGGAUAUUUACAAUGGCGAAAUCUUCUUGUCUACUGGUUCAUUGUCUGUGCCUUAAUUUACUUCUGUCAAUUGGUGCAACUUCAGAGCUGCCAGUAUCAGCACAAUUUGACCACCCCCAGCAGUCCACAUUUUUGCCAGCAUCUACAGAGGUGCAGGACACACCUCAUGGCUGGCUCACGGGUCUUCUCACCAAAUCAUUCGUUGGAGAUCAAGUGAAUUGGAGGCCUUUCUUACCCCAUCAAGUCCUCAACAUUUAUCAAAGAGUUGUGGGCGAGCAUCGUCCUAUGUCAAAUCUGCAAGUAAGAACUCAUAUCAUCCCCGACUGCGAGAUGGACAGCAAAACUGUACACGAAGGUCACGAAGGCCAUUAUUUGCGAGGCAUACCUUCACGGACCACGAAUGUUCCUGCUAUGAAAACCUUUCCUUGUACCUUAUUGAGAAACCCUUUAUCAAGUACAAUUGCCCAGCAAUCUCAACUUGAUACCAAACCCACUCCAAGUGGAUCUGUACCUGCUCCAACUGUUCCUCAUUUACAGCAACUAGCAUGCAGCGUUGACAUAGGACACGAAACGCCGACAGCAUUACCUCCUCCCAACCCAACGCCUCGUCUACAGAAACCACCGAGCAUCAUCAUCGAAGCAGGACGCCCAACACCAGAUCCACCUAAACCUCCAACUCCAAAUGUUCCUCAUCUACAGCGAUCAGCAAGCACCAUCAUCGAAGCAAAGCCAGUUCCACGCCCAACGCCAGGUGGAAAACCUGGUGUCCCACCAACUCCUAAACUGCAACAUCCUCCGGAGGAUAUGGCUUUGCAGUUCCUGUGAGGGUCAAAUUCCCAUUGUACCAUUCAUUCAUUUAUUUUUGCAUAGAGAAGUGUUGUUUUAUUGUAGAUUAAAAUAUAUAGUCUACCAUGGCAUUGUGGAGGGAGUUGCAAGGCGAACAGCGACACCACCCAUUCUGUUCCAUUUUGCUUAGAGAGAUGGUUUACUCAAGGAAGCCCAAUGUUCGCUGCUUAGCAACCAUAAUGAUCGCCACUGGUCAUUUUCUUUCUCCUGAGUC